CAUGACAACCGAGCUUUACCCCAUCAGUGUCCGUUUGGAUGGAGUGCUGCACAAGGAGAAAGCCAAAAUGUACAUGACCGCCGUGCUUUGGUCGGACCAGAAUGAAGUCGUCGUUUACAGAAGUUUUGAGGAUUUCAAGGACUUGCAUAAACAGCUGAAGGCAGCGUUUCCAUCUGCGAGUAAACGAAAAAAAUCUGACAGAAUCCUCCCCAAGUUUAAAGGGAUUAAAAUGAAGAUGAGCCGAUCGAAACGCUCAAGCAAAUCACUGGURCGCCUGAAGUAUUUGCAGAAAUACUGCAACGAGCUCCUGAGCUGUGACCCACGGGUGUCUCAGUCUGCAGACCUGAUCCAGUUCUUCCAGGCCAAAGACCAGGAGCUGCAGCCGGAGUUCACCAAGGGCGGCAUCAUAAUCGUGCCCUCCGAGGACGAGAUCAGGAGCGACGGAGGCCACAGCAGCAGCGGCGGCGGGAACGUGACCCAGCCGUUCGUCACAGAGACGUACAGAUGCGUGGCGUCCUACGAGACCAAAGACACCAAGAACAAAACGUUCAAGGCGAGCGCCGAGGAGAAGCUGGACGUGCUCAUCAAGGACAAAGGAGGGUGGUGGCUUGUAGAGAAUGAAAACAAGCAGAUGGCCUGGUUCCCUGCACCUUACCUGGUGAUGGUAGAGGAUGAGGAGAUUGAAGAUGAUGAGGAGACUCCAAAAAGAGGCACACUCUACACCGCUGUCAAAAGCUACAAGUCGACUAACGUGGAUGAGAUUUCUGUGAACAUGGGGACGGUGGUGGAGGUCCUGCAGAAGACUGAGAACGGCUGGUGGCUCAUCAGACACGAUGGGAAAAUAGGCUACAUCCCAGCUCUACACCUGAAGCCCUACAGCUACCCUCAUAUCCGAUUGGCUCCUGAGAUUCAAGAUCUGAGCAAUUCAUCCUCCCCCAGCCUGCAUCACAGCCGUUCCUUUGAAAACCUGCCCCAGCUGUCACCCGUCACGUCCUUGUCACCCGAUUUGACCCAAGGUGAGCACAUCCAGAGGUCCCGGUCCCUGAGCGUGCUGCCCGAGCCGCCUCACGCACAAGUUGAAGGUCCCAGUAACUCUGAGAGGAACCCACCCACCAAACCCACCAAACCGGAGAGAGCACCUCUUCCCCCUCCCCCCGUCACGGUGCAGGACAAAGAGGAGAGCUCUCCUCCUCCCCCCGUCAUCGUUAAUGAGGAAGGGAGCGGCUGGAUGCUGACAGCAGACUCCGACAGCUUUGAGAGCGACAGCUUCAGCGACGACUCCGACUCCGGCGGAUCAUCCUUCAAACUGAGCCACGGCGCCAACGAUGAGCGGCUGCGGCUCAGCCGAACGCCGCCCCCUACCACAACCAACCUCCUCAGCCCGACGAGCCAACCGCAGGGCAGCUUACUCCCCAGCGUCUCCGACCCCAACCUCUACAAGGGGCCAGCAUCACCAAAGGUGCCCCCCAGGCCUCGAGCCCAGGAGAUCAUGAGCCGCUGCAGCAGCGUCACGCGCAAAAACGCAGCCAAGAAGGCAGAGAUCAACCUGCCCCCCACCCUGACUGAGGUGACCAGCAGGUGAACCUCCCACCUGUCGCCCCACCCAAACCGGAAUAACCAGUUGAACUUUUAACCUGCAGUCAGCUGCCGUGGACUUUGAAUAACAAAUUUAGAAUGUUAUUGUAUUUAUUUUAUUAGAACUGAAACAUUAAAAAUCUGUUCAGAAUAUCUCCUAACUUUUGUCUGAUCAACACUUUGCUCCUAAUGAAAAAAAAAAUAACUGAAUUUAUUCUCCGUACUAAACACUCAGCAUUAACAAACUAUAAUCCUGCUGUAUUCACUUCGCUGUGCACCUGUCCUCUAAAGAAAUACAAAUAUAUCUAGUUUAGGUCAGGAUUUGAUCGUUUUUGUAUCAAACCUAAAACAAUAAAGAAGUUUUAAAAACACCA